AUGAUUUAAAAAUUUGAUCAAUUCUUGAUUGAAUUAUAAGAAGAAGAGACAUGUAAUAACAUAACUCUAAGCAACGCUAUUGUCCUUUUUAGUAAGGGUGGUCAAUCCAAUUCUCACUUUGAAUAAGUAGAGUGUUAUACCAAAACAAUCAUACUUCUAACUUCAAUGGGAAAAGUUAGCAAGAAUAUUGAAAAAUUUAUAGAAAAAUGUUAAUAGUGUUUAGACCAAUGUUAAAUGAAUCCUUAUAGAUUGAAUGAUUGCAAACCAACAUUAAAUGAAUCUCUUGAAUAAAUUCAUCAUAUUGAUAAGUUAGAAGAAAAAGUGAGUAUUAAAUAAUAUAAUAGGUGACUUUUUUGAUCAAAAAAUGGAAUAUAUUACUUCUUAAAGGAGGGCUUAUAACAUAAUACGUAAUGUUUAGACCCAAAAUAUUUAUUUCAGACCCAGAACAUAAAUAUAAGGCAGCUCUAUUCAAAAAUGCUGUUGCUGCUAUUGAUAAAGUGUGUCAUAUUAAUAUCUAUAGAUGACUGUCCUAUAUAGAUAUACACCUGAGGCAGAAAUAGGAGAGCUAUCUUAAGAGUUGAAGGAACAAUUCAUGUUGGUUUAUAAAGAUUACUUAAAAUAAAGAAAUAAGGUGAAUGAUGAUCUAUUAUACUGGUUACAGAUGUUUUUUAGAAGUGCUAGUUCCCUAAAUGAAUUAAUUAUAGAAAGAAGUUCGAGAAUUGAAAAAUAAACAAAGUUAUAGAUUUAUACUUAUUUACAAAAAUUAAUGGAAAUAUGUUUAUUAGAAAUAAUAUAAUAAAUUAAGAAUAAUCUUAAGAAAGUAAAAGUAUCUCAGCAAUCAUGA